AUGGCUUCCGUGUACAAGUCGCUAUCAAAAAAGACCGACAAGGUCGAGGCGCCCGCCAAUGGCGUCCAGAAGAACCGUCAAAAGAGGCGCACUCUGAUCCUUUCUAGCAGAGGUGUGACCUACAGACACCGACACCUGAUGAACGAUCUCGCGACGCUUAUGCCUCACGGAAAGCUGGACAGCAAGUUCGACGAUAAGCACAACCUCUCAGCUCUCAACGAGCUUGCGGAAAUGAUGAACUGUAACGGAAUCAUGUACUUCGAGGCCAGGAAGGCCAAGGAUCUUUACAUGUGGAUCGCGAAUGUGAGUAUCCUCAGCGAUAACUUUCUGGGGUCCAACAGUUGA